ACAUUGCCCACACAAGAUGUAGUGGAUGGAUAUUUUUCAGAGCCAGACGAGACAGAGGCUGCUGAGGCAGGAUGGGGCAAAUUGAUUCCUAAUGGCCGAGGUUUUGAAUUGCUUGGUGAGUGUAGUUAUAGCACAUUCUUUUUCAAAAAUAAAAUCUUAUUUCUUAUGUUGAUAUUAGAACAUUUUUUUACAAAUGAUGACAAGUUGUCAUCUGUUAUUGAGUCGUAUUAAAAAUGGACAACAAAACCUCUGACAUACAUGUUGAAAAUGUUUGCCCCCACCACUACUCUCCCUCCAUAUAUUUUGUGGACAACAUUCUUACCUGCAACUUUGCCCCAGGUGGUGAAGGGCCAAAGAAGGUACUGGUAGCGAUCCCCCUUGAUGGUAAAAAUACGGGUUGGCCAAUUUGGUAUCUUACACAUUUUCUUACUUUAGAUUUGACGAAAGAUGUCUAUUUAUUUGGCCGCGAUGAUAAAUUAGCUGAUGUUUGUUUUAUGCAGGCAGCGUUCCAUUCCAGUGUAUUUUUUAGGCUGAGCAAGAAGCACUUUGAAUUAAUUAAGGUAAUCUGACCUAGCUUACCCCCAGGGAAAAUUUACACUCAACAUUUCCAUCUACAAUUAGUUCUGUUGAGUGUGAUAAUCCUGACAGACUAUGUAGAUAUAGUUUACUAGCCUUUCAAAAUAAGCCGGCGGUCACCAGAGCAGAUUGUCACCAGAGCUAAUUGGAGAGCCAUUACGCAGGCUACCGGAGCUUUGGUGGGUGUCACAAAGCUUAUUGACGUUUACUGUGUUUCAUAAGUACCGGUACAUGAAAUGUCAAUUCUACCAGUUAUUUGCCAUCUUAAAUCUUGAAGUUACCUUGUUGAAGAAUGAGAGUAGUGAUACAUUAUAAUUUAGCCACAGAGCUCAGAUGUGUUGCUAUCUAAUCAAUUAUGCACUAGUCUAGUUAAUUUAGAUGACAUUAGGACUCCCUAGACAACCCUCCCCCCCCCCAAUCCCCACCCAUGCAGCCACUUAUUUUAUAAACACAGCCACCUACUCAAAAUGGGUCAUUCCUGAAAACUUCCAUACUGCCCCCACGGAGGAAAUAGGAUGUUCACCCCCCUAUGCCCUUUGGAUGUCCUAAUACAUUUACUAUAAUAAUUAUCAGAAACAUUUUUUUCUCCCCCUCCGGACGGCACAGAAAUUUUCUCCGUGGGGGGGGGGGGAGUAUGGAUCUUUUCUGGAAUCCCCCAAUAAUUCUGAAAGCCUUGAGUAUAUAAUAUAAUUAUACAAUGAUGACUCAAUUGUUCUUUGUUCCAGGAAACCAGUGAUGAUGGUGAACAUGUUGUUUACAUAAAGGAUUGGAGGUGAAAUGAAGUGAUUAUUCUGUCAAGCUGAUUUAUAAAAGUUAUUGAGCCACCUUAAAUAGACUUAUCAUUACAUCUUAAAAUUUGUCAAACUGUAUUAUCAAAGUGCAAAUUAAUUGAGCUUUGCCUCAUGUUAUUUUGGUCUAAAAUCUAUUUUUACUAUUUUUCAAGUUCCAAUGGCACAUUUGUCAACGGGGAGCUCAUUGGUAAUUUACUUUUUUGUUUGUAGCAGUGGAAAUCUGGAACCUGUUGAGCUAGUGUAUUUGACACCUUCCAAUCUGCAAACAUGUUGCUGAUGUGCAUGCAAAAGCACUUGUUUAUAAAUUAUAAGACUACAGAUUGGCUUUCUUGUUUAAAUUAAAAAUCUAUAAAAUUUAUGGAUGGGAGUUCAUUAAUAGACCCAGUCUGUACUUUUUGCACAUUGCUUGGAAAAGUCAUGUGCAAUUUUCACUAUUUGGUCCAGAAUGAUGUGCAUAUUGCAUAGUGCACAUGCACUGUCAGUGUUACAACAGUAGGAAAUCUGCAGUAUUAGUAUGAAGUCAAACUGGAAGCUACUGUCAUGACUCCUCUAAUACCCAAAAUGUGUGCACAUAAAAGAUUUUGUUUUAAUUUUGCUUUUAUUUGCAGGAAAAGGGAAUAAGCAGGUUGUUCAACAUAAUGAUCAAAUUGCGUUCCCAACCUCGGAGAAUCAAGGUAAUAUUACUACAGCAUACAGUAUAUGCUACACGGAGCAAUUUUUCUGCAACAUGCACAUAGACCGAUGUUAUGUAUAAAAAUUGAUCACUCGAUCACUAGUCCGCUUUGAGUUGGAGUUAGGUUUGGGGUUCGGGUCGGAUCUGGAUCACAUAGGGUAGUAUUCUACAAUAAGCUGCUAUGCUUUGUGUCUGAACUACCUGAAAAAGAUAUCUCAAAGUGGUGGUCCAGUGUACUGUAGGUGGUAGUGAGUCAUUCUUUAACCUGUUGUGGUUUGUGUUUGAAACGUAUAAUAACGUCAAGUGAAGAUGCAUUAUCAGGAGAAAGUAGUUAUGUAUAGAUAUGUAGUUAGUAUAGCAGUUCUUCAUAUUUUUCACUAGGUAGCUGCAUAGUGAUGCAUGUGGCUAUGUGUUGCAAAGUGGCUGUAAUUAUUGCCACUACCUACUGUUGUAUCAUAGUGCAUGUGUAAUUGCUUUAUAUGAUUUGAUGUUUAGUUAAUCGUAAUGCAUUUCUCUGUCUCCCCUAGCUUACAUAUUUCUGGAUCUUGAGGCAACUAGCAAAGAGCAAGAAAUAUAUCCCAAGGUUAAAAGUUAAAUAAUAUAUUGGUGUUUGUGUUAGUAGUUGGAGUGUUGUGUAUGUAUAGUAAUUAGUUGAGAAUAGUUAUGGUGAUUUUUUUAAAUUUUAUAUUUAGGAAAUUAAAGAAAAGUUCACUAUAUCAAGGGUUUUGGGAAGGUAAGAUUUAACUUUUUUACUAUAAAUAUCAAGAACUAUAAAUAACAAGAACUGAACAUUGACAGGUUUUUAGUCAAAAUGAAUGGAAAUUUCUAGCAAAGGUUUAUAAAAAUGUUAGACCUCUAACUAGGAGCAACUGUGAAGAAUGCAAUUAAUGAAGCGCUGUCUUCUUUUCCUCAGGGGAGUAUGUGGUGAGGUUCGUCUAGCAUUCAGUAAAGGAAAUGAAUGUAACAAGGUUGCAAUAAAAAUCAUCAACAAAAGGCAGUUCUCACUGACCGAUGUUGUAAGUUGAUUCAAAUAUUUGGUAUAAAGUAAUUUAAAUUGUAGUGAAAAUUUAGAGAAAAUUUGAAGACUUACAUGUAUCAUGAAGUGAUUAAGAUCAAAAACAGAAUACAUGAUUAUAACAUAAACAAGCAAACAAUUUUGUGUAGCAAUUAAUUUCUGGCACAACAUUAAAACAACUUGUCCACUCUGGCUACCAAGAAGCAACUUCUGCUUUGCUCGUAAUGAUUUUUACAUAUUACAGAUUUUUACGUAAUGAUUUCGGUACAUAUUGCUCACAGAUAAAUGUAAACAGUCAUUAAUAUUUUGUAUAUGUUUUAGGGUGAUAGACGUGACAUUUUAGAAGAAGUGGAGAUUUUGAAGAAAUUGGAUCAUGUAUGUCGACAAAUCAUUGUGAAAAUAAUUGUGCACUGCCGCAUCAACUUUUAUCUUCAUUUGGGAGUUGGCAAGCGAGGUUGCAUGAGAGUUUUCUCUACUCUCGUGCCCUGGUCAAACAAGAACAAGAGUUGCAUGAAAGUUGAUGAGAGUUGAGAAGCGAGAGUAUGCAUGAGAGUUUUCUCAUCUCUCGUGCUUCGGUCAAACGAGAACAAGAGUUGCAUGAGAAUUGAGAAGCGAGAGUUGUCAUAAGAGUUCUCAAUUCUCAUGCCCCGGUCAAACGAGAAGCGAGAGUUGUCAUAAGAGUUUUUUUCUCAACUCUCGUUUCGGUCAAUGAGAACAGCAGUUGCAUGAGAGUUGAUGAGAGUUGCCUGGAUAUCCUGUCGAACAAGCAAAAACUCUUAUCUUAGACUUAUAAAUUAUUAAAUUAUCAUUAUCAACUCUCAUCAAAAUUUGAACCACUUCAAAUUUCAAAAUAGAUUGACGAGAAUAAGUUGACUAGAGUUCGCGCUCAAACGCUAGCGAAAGUUGCAACUCUCGUCAACUCUCACGGGGACUUUAAAGUGCUAUGACACGAAAUUUCUUUUCCUGUCGUUUUCAUUAAUAAAAAUUCUCUUCACUCAGCCAUCUAUAGUGAAAGUUUUUGAUGCCGUGGACACACCGGAGACUUUAUAUAUUGUUUUAGAAUUGUAAGUAAUAAAAGUUCAAUUGAAAUUAAUAUAAAGUUCAUCAUAUUAUAAACAGGUUUGGAGCCUAUAUCUAAAAUAUCUUCCGUUAUUAUAGCAUUGAAGGAGGGGAAUUAUUUGAUCGUAUUACAAGUUUAAAGAAACUGCAAGAACCCCUUUCCAAAUUAUAUUUUUACCAAAUGUUAGUCGCUGUUAAGGUACGUCAAAGUUAGAUUUGGUAGGUCUUAAACUAAAAUUAAGUAUACAAACUAAUAAAACUAACUUCACUUAUGUAUCAUAAUGGUAGGUUCCAUCAGUUCUAAACUGUUCUUCCUAUAGAGGUCCAGUGAGGGUCAUCUUACAUGUUGGUCCAGUGUUACUAUAUCAGGAAACUAAACUAUAUAAACUUUAUUUACAGUAUACUGGAAAGCUUUAUCAGUUCUAAACCGUACUCUCCAGAGGUCUAUUGUCAUCUCUUAUUGAUCCAGUGUUACUACAGCUGACUUUACUUAUACUCACUUUAUUUAUUUAUACCUACUGUACUUUAUUUAUACCGGAUAUAACUCUUCCAGCUCUAAACUGUUCUGCCUAGAGGAUUACACAAACCUGCACUAUGCGUGGUCGACCGCUUAUAUAUUAAGUUGAAACUGUUAAGGAAAUCGGAUAUUAAAUUUUUGGUUUUAUUUUUUAGUAUUUACACGACAGAGGCUUUACUCACAGGGAUUUAAAGGUAAAAAAAGGCCUUUGAAGGUUAGAAAGCCUAAAGUUUUGUAAAUGAACAUGAUUUUUUAUCACCACCGGCAAUGAUUUCCUUUGUCUUCCCUCACGAAAUAUAUGAAGUAUUGUUUAAUAAACGAGCAGGAGUGUUUUAUUAGGUUUAAAGACACGAGCGCGCAGCGCGAGUGGCUUUAGACCUAAUAAAACACGACCUGCGGGUUUAUUAAACGGCUUCAAACACGACUACAAAUUCAAUAGAUAUACUGCCUUAUUAGUAUUCUUUAUAUAAAAAAUACUAAUGAGGGCACGAUUACAAUAGAUACUGCCUUAUUAGUAUUCUUUAUAUAAAGAAUACUAAUUAGGAGUGUUUUAUCAGGUUUAAAGCCACUGCACGUGACAUAUUAUGGUUGACAUGAUUUGUCAAUAAGCUUAUGAAUUAUUAAUGAGUGUUUGAAGGAGUUUUUAAAGUUUUGUUAUAUGUGUUGAAGAUUACCACAAACUGCUACAAACACAGUUUUCAAUCCAAUCCCCCCUUGGGAAUCUGAGAUCCAGUCCCCCUCGGCUUAAGCUCGCUAAAGCUGUGGGUUGAUAGGCCUGUGAAAACAGGCCUUUCACUACUACGUGAAAAAUACAAGGGAAACUUACAUGAAGGGCUCAAAAUACCUAUAUAUAUUGCUCUUUUUUUCUGUGUUGGUGUAAUGUACUCAGGUGAAUAUGAUGCUUGUGAUGUUACUCUGAGUGUAUAUCCACACCGGGCAAGCUUGAAAAAUAUGCCCGGCCACGGUGGGAAUCGAACCUACGACCUUUGGAAUGCUAACCCAAAGGUCGUAGGUUCCGAUUCCCACCGUGACCAGGCAUAUUUUUCUAGCUUGCCCGGUGUGGAUAUACACUCAGAGUAACAUCGCAACAUCAUAUCUAUUGCUCGUAUUUCGUAUAGAAAUGUCUAUUGCUCGAUCCGUAGCUCUUCUAAUUAUUAUAUGCGGUAAAGUUUACACGGCUCCGUUUUGUAAUGAUUAUUUUGACGUUUAUUUUUUGUAGCCAGAAAACGUUUUAUUGAGCUCAUCCAAGGACGAUACCCUAAUUAAGGUUUGUUGCAAGUUGGGGUCUGAUUAUUACCUGGGCCGAUUCGUUUCACAAAAAUCUUUCCUUUGCGACAAGAAAAGAUUUGGAUUAAGACAAGUUUAUACCUAAAUAUUCCUAUCAACUUUAGGAAAGUCUUGAAGUCGCUGCAAGACGUUGAAGAAAGUAGUCAACCUUCUGAUAUAAGAGGGAGGAGGCCCUAGGCUAUUUUGCACCUGGCAGCCUCUCCCCCCCCCCCUCCCCCCUUAGUCAUCUUGCCGUCCAGCUGUUUUAUGAGCGGCUAUUUGAACGACCACUUGAAACGGCUUCUAAAAUUCUGGGUUAUGAUAAAAUGCGGAUACGGACUGACGGAUGGCUGGCUGGCGGACGGACGGACGGAUAGCAACGAACGGACGAAUGAUUUAUGUGUUUGUUAAACAUUAAUUAACAAUCAUAAUACGAACAUUUUCUAUCCUUUUGGGUAAAACGCAGAUAUGACUGUUAAUGAAAUGACGUUUAACGAGAAUAUAAGUUGUCCGCCCGUUGCCAUCCGUCCCUAUCCGCGUUUUAUUCUGAUCGCUAAUACCUCGAAGAAAUUGUCAGAGAUCUUUACCACCACCCAUAGAGAUUCACCGCCGCGUUAAGUUAUAAAUUAAAAAAUUCGAGAUCUUUGCUACGACCGUGAUUUGAAUCCGAUGUAUUUACGUCUUUCUAGAUUACUGAUUUCGGGAUCUGCAAGUUCGUUGGGGAGCAGUCGUUGAUGAAAACCCUGUGCGGUACGCCUACUUAUCUGGCGCCAGAGGUGUUGGCAUCAGACGGAAAUGUACCUUAUGAAAAGGAAUGUGAUUGCUGGAGCCUUGGAGUUAUUCUCUUUGUCUGGUAUGAAAUAUUUAACAAUUAUUGCAGGAGAUAGAGUAUGAUAUGUGUAUGUUAUCAUAUACGAGGGGCGAAGAGAUACCAGUUUUGGGACGAUAUCAUAAAUGUCACGAUUGUAUGCAGCGAACCGUUUAUGAAAACAUGUUUAUUAUACAACACUUAAAGUGGAUAAAUGAGACCUAUAAAAUUAUCCAGAUAAACAUAUACUGUAUAUUAAGUUAUAUAAAACCUACAAUCUUUGACAAUAUAGACUGGGACAAUCUAGUUUUCGCAUGCAUUCGGUUGUAAUAUACCUUAUCCUUAUACAUUUUUUCACCACCAUCUGUUUCCAUGUUGGCGCCUCGCAACCAGACAUCAGAUUUUUGUCGGCCCAACAUUGAACUGGGGGAACAGGGGGUGUUAUUCUUUUCAAAUUAUAUGAAAUUACAGCCGCUGUCCCAUAGUUUCUGGCAAAGAUUGUACAUAAAAUUUCAGACGGAUUUCUGUCCCCAAAUUUAAUACACUAGGUACAGUACAGUACAUGGUCUUGAGUACAAGUCUUUGAAUUUUACUAAGUUAAAAUAAAAUAUUAAAGUGGAAGUCAAGUCCGUUCUGCGCAUCGGUUCUGCUCAUAAGAAUGUGAGGGCCUCUAAUGUGAACAUUGCCCAAAUUUUGAAUGUUUCGAAUUUUUCUGAACAUAAACUCUAUUUCAUAUUCACUUAGAAGCAUAGCGAACCAAAAUAGUGUUAGAUAUUCAGACAGUACAUCAUAUUUUACAAAAUACAGCAGUUCAAAAUCUUGACUUCCACUUUAAUAUUUGUGUUUCAGCCUUGGUGGUUAUGCGCCAUUUACAGAGCGUCCUAACAACCCUUUGAAGCAACAAGUGAUGAGGGGGUCCUUUUCGUUUCCUGAGGUUGUGUGGCAAGGUAUCAGUAGUGAAGCGAAGGAUCUUAUUAAAAAAUUACUAAAUGUGGACCCGAGUAAGAGACUAACUGUGGCUGAGGCCUUGGAACAUCCAUGGAUGAAGGUACAGGGAAAUAUUUACUAAAUUGUACCAAAUGGUUAAUAAUUUAGUACCAGAAACUACCAGAAGAAGUAAAAUUUAGUGAUAGUUUUCCAAUCUUUAAGAAAUGUAUCUCAUAUCAUGCCUAAAACUACAAUGCAUAAUUAGCAAUGGCUCUUAGUCUUUUACUGGACCUCUCUCGAAAAUCGUUUUCGGCCUAUUCAUUAUAAAAAAGUUCAGUUUAGCUUUUCUCCUGUAGUAUAACACUCGCUGGAUCACUAAAUGAAGAGCAACCUCGUACCCAGGGCCUUUCCUCUUGACGAGGAGAGAAAAGACCCCGGUAGACGCUGGUCACGUGAUCUGCUAAAAUCUAGCAGAUUUAAGUUAGCAAGCCAAGUUCUUCCUUCCCCAAGAGGAAAAACCGUGGGUACGAGGUUGAAUGAAUAGUAGACCAGUUUGAAGUUGAUAGAGUAAUCCAGUAUAAAUGAAAUUAGUUUGGUUCAGGUUUCCUCCAGGACCAAUAAAUGAUGGCUCUUACUGGGAACAGUUUAGAACAGUUUAGUUUGGUUUUGGGUCCUCCUGUAUCAUCCAAUAUAAUGUUGGUUGUUUCACUCAGGAUGAAGAGGUGAUAUGUAAGGCAAAAAAACUGAUGGAGCCAGACAGUAAAAGAACGUCUAUGGCACCUCCUACUCUGACGGUAUGUAUUUAACAGUUUCUCUACACUUCAAUUCCACAAACAGCCCUAAACAUUAAUUUAGCAAAGAAAGAAUGAAAUACAUGUAGAAUGUCCAUGUUGAUGGGGUUGUAAGUAUUAAUUUUGAGGGUAUUGGGGACACAACCACUAAAACCUUACUAAAACCAGACAUGUUACUCCAGUACGGUGCCCUAGAGCAUGCGCAAAAUAAGUGCACCACUAUUUUUGAAUAAAUGCGAAGACGUGUGUUUCAAACAACCUUACAAUUCCCCGAUAAACUAAAGAUCGAUUUACAUCGCACAAUUUUUGCCUAAAGCUGUCGCAUACAACCUGCUUACAACUUGAGUUGUCCUGUGGAAAUCAAGCACACAACUAGCUUACGACAACAUAGGUGAGUUGUGUGCUUGAUUUACACAGAACAAUUCACAACUUGAUUUUCACUGUCUUCGAUAUAGAUAGACCUAGAACGUGGAAAACUCUGUGUAGCAAGUGUCGUUCGUUGCAAACAAACUGUUGUUCGUAAAUAUGUAGGAAUGUAUAGUUCAUGAUAUACCGUGAUUGUAAUUUUGUGUAUUGUUAUAUGUUUAGUGUAAUUUUUGUAAUUUUUUUGGUGGGACUUAAUAAGGAACAAAUAGUUCUGUUGUCCUUUCCAUCAAUCGUACGAUUGUUAAGUUAAUAAAAAAAACUCAAGUUGUAAGCAGGUUGUAUGGGACAGUUUUAGGCAAAAUUUGUGUAGUCUAAAUUGGUCUUAACAAAGUAACAGAAGGCAAGUCAAUUCUGCAGUUUAGAAUAAUUCCUGUAUUAUGGCAUAAUUUUAACGUUGUUUCAAAUCCUGCAUAUUUUUGCCUAUCUAGCCAACGAAACGAAAGGCAGAAAGCAGCGACAGUGACACGUCAACAGCCACUAAAAGACAAAAGUCCACUGAUGAAGAGACAGCAAUUUUAUAACAUGUAAUUAUACACUUGUACAGGUCAGCGUAGUUAUGAAAUAAUUAUUAGUGAUUUAUUUACGUAAGGCAAUUAAAUCAAGAGAUUUUUAGGUAGACCAUUUGUUCAGGGAAUCAUAUGUAUAUACAAACCGCGGAGAGUUUCUGCGGGUGUUUCCUGCUGUAGUAACUCUAUUAUUACUGUAAUUUUAG